AUGAGCGCACCCAACGAUCGGUGGCGGCGCCAAUCGCCCCAGCGCAACCAGCGCCCGCACCAGGCGCAUUCACGCGACCGCUCCAUCGGGGGUAGUGGCUACAACACCCCGACCGCCAAGCAGGACGCCGAUCGAUCGAGCUACUCCGGCAAUGUCUGGGGCCAAAAGGGCGCCCAAAGACAGGCCCAGGCAAACAGGCAGUCGGCUCCGCCCGCCGCUACGCAGCAGGGGUAUCAGGAGCAGGAGCACAGGCCCGUGAACGGGUUCAACACGAAGGAGGCCAAAGACACCAUGAGGAAGUGGUAUCAAGAGGCCAACACGGUGGGCUCUGAUGGAAAGUCUCCGCUCUACAAGCCACAGGGCGACGUGGCAGCCCGUAGUGCAGGCCCGUGGGGUAGCAAACCGAACACAAUGGCGAAUGGACAGGAUUUCUGGGUGCAGCUGCGGAAGCAGAUGUCCGCAUUGGAGACCGGCAAAUCCACUUGA